CAGCAGCCGCACGCGACCGCGAGUGCAUCAGUGCCCGUACACUACAAACACUGACACUCCGACCUUCAAUCCGUGGGAACGAGACAUCUAUAUCAGGUGGUGACGAAUAGGAUGUGAAGUGGUGUUCCCUGCUGCACACGCGCCGCUAGCAGCGGGCAUGGCGACCCGGAGAUAGUGCCAGGUGGUGUCAGUGGGAGCGGGAGGAGCGGCGGCAUGCGCGUGGUGUUGGCAGCGCUGACGGCGCUGGCGGCGCGCGCGCUCGCCGGGCCUCACGAGCACCGCGCGCGCCACCACGCGCCCGAGCACCCUCCACACUUCCCCGCGCCGGCGCCGCCACAGCCCUACCGCGGACACGGCGAGGCCGUCCGAUACAACCCCGAACUAGACACUAUACUACCCCGACUUGAAGAUCACGAGACUUCCUCCAAACGAGCAAAGUUUGAAGAUGCAGAAACCUCUUCUAAGAGAGCCAAAUACGAUGAAAGAUUCUACUCGAAUCAUGAACGAGCUGAUGAAGAGCCUAUGGCUGAUGAGCCACAGCUCGGGCCAGAGGACGACGAUCCACUCGUCGUUCGUACGAGAAAGGGAAGAGUAAGAGGCAUCACAUUAACUGCUGCAACUGGGAAAAAAGUCGACGCAUGGUUCGGCAUCCCAUACGCUCAAAAGCCUGUAGGUGACUUGAGAUUCAGGCACCCUAGACCGGCAGAGAGCUGGGGAGAUGAAAUAUUGAAUACUACGACACUGCCACAUUCAUGCGUUCAAAUUAUAGAUACUGUGUUUGGUGAUUUUCCAGGAGCGAUGAUGUGGAAUCCCAACACAGACAUGCAGGAAGACUGUCUCUUUAUUAAUAUAGUCACACCCAGGCCACGACCCAAGAACGCUGCUGUCAUGCUGUGGGUCUUCGGCGGUGGGUUUUACUCAGGAACUGCUACUCUAGAUGUUUACGACGCAAAAAUACUCGUAUCAGAAGAGAAAGUAGUCUAUGUUUCAAUGCAAUAUAGAGUUGCGUCCCUAGGUUUUCUAUUCUUUGAUACUCCUGAUGUACCGGGUAAUGCUGGUCUUUUUGAUCAGCUCAUGGCUUUACAAUGGGUGAAAGACAACAUAGCUUACUUCGGAGGAAACCCGCACAAUAUAACAUUAUUUGGUGAGUCGGCGGGGGCUGUGUCGGUUUCAUUGCAUUUGUUGUCGCCUUUAUCGAGAAAUUUGUUCUCUCAGGCGAUAAUGCAGUCAGGAGCAGCUACUGCACCGUGGGCCAUUAUAUCAAGAGAAGAAAGCAUUUUGAGAGGAAUCCGAUUAGCAGAAGCUGUCCACUGUCCACAUUCCAGAACGGAUAUGGGCCCUAUGAUUGAGUGUCUCAGAAAGAAGAGUCCAGAUGAACUAGUCAAUAAUGAAUGGGGAACUCUUGGUAUUUGUGAAUUUCCCUUUGUGCCCAUCAUAGAUGGUUCUUUCUUAGAUGAGUUACCUGCUCGAUCAUUAGCUCAUCAGAACUUUAAGAAGACCAACCUUUUGAUGGGAUCCAAUACGGAGGAAGGUUACUACUUUAUACUUUAUUAUCUUACUGAACUAUUCCCCAAGGAAGAGAAUGUAGGGAUAAGUAGGGAGCAGUACUUGCAAGCAGUCAGAGAGUUGAAUCCGUACGUGAAUGACGUUGGUAGACAGGCUAUUGUGUUCGAGUACACGGACUGGUUGAACCCAGACGAUCCAAUAAGGAACCGAAAUGCUUUGGAUAAGAUGGUGGGAGAUUAUCACUUUACUUGUGGAGUGAAUGAAAUGGCGCAUCGUUACGCAGAAACUGGAAACAACGUCUUUACAUAUUACUACAAGCAUCGCAGCAAGAACAACCCCUGGCCAUCAUGGACAGGAGUGAUGCAUGCUGAUGAAAUCAAUUAUGUAUUCGGGGAGCCAUUGAAUCCAGGAAAGAACUAUUCGCCGGAGGAGGUGGAAUUCAGCAAGCGCCUAAUGAGAUAUUGGGCUAACUUCGCGAGAACCGGCAACCCAUCGAUAAACCCGAAUGGAGAAUCGACGAAGAUCUACUGGCCAGUCCACUCGGCUACCGGCAGAGAGUACUUGUCGCUGGCAGUCAACUCCAGUACAGUAGGCCACGGGCUGAGAGUCAAGGAGUGUGCGUUCUGGCAGAAGUAUCUGCCACAAUUGAUGUCUGCUACCAAUAAGCCAGAACCUCCAAAGAACUGUACGAGCAGUGCGGCACCAAUCAAAGUGCCGUAUGAAAUCAUUGGAGUGGGUGUAGUCAUCGCCACUGGUUUGGCCAAGACCACUAUGUUCAAGUAUAUCGUGUAACUGUAUCCUGUGGUCUUCGAGUAUCUUAGAUUUAUUUGCUUCGUCUACUGUUUCUUCAUUCAUAAGAUUCAGAUUGUUAGAAAUAUCGUCAAAGUUUAUGAAAGUACCAUACGUUAGGGACAUUAUUUUUGAAUGAAUUAUUAUUAUAUUUUUCAAUCAUGGGAGGCGAAUAAAGGUGUUUAGAAAUGAAAUUGUAAUUGAUUUGAAGUUGGUCAAAAUGUUCAUGUAAUUUCGAUUAUACCUACAUAAUCAUUUGAUUAUACAUAACUAAUCUAACACAUAACACACCAACAACCGAAACCUACAUAAU